GAAAAACCUUUUUAAUCAUUUGGUAUGCAAAUUGAUGAUGUUCAAUACUGUCACAAAACACAUUUGUCAGCAAAAUAUCAUAAUAUAGUAAUUGAGCCUUAAAACCAUGUGUUUGAAGGGAGAAAUUGUUUACAUAACAUAUUUUACCUAAAUUUGACGCUAUGCACCUUUAUACAUGCCUAUAUUCUGUAUAUAAAGUUGUGGUUUCUUGUUACAACAAGUCAAUCAUUAAGCCCCAAUAUUUCAGUAAAGAAAGACGAAAAGAAACAAUACAGACUACAAGCAGCUUUCAUUCUCCCAUCUUAGGUGAAUUGCUGAUUUGUUUUCCUUUAACUGGACAAAAAUGGACAAUCACAGACGAUUCAAACAUUUCUGGGUUUUAACCAAAUACUUUUAGCCCCAACUAAAUCCUCCCUCAUGAAUGUCCUGAAUGGUCUUUUGAUUUCUGCAUCCGGCAAAACUUGUUGAUGCUCCUUCCUUUUCCAGGAAAAUUUGAAGAAAUUUGCUUUAAACAUCUGGUAUAGUUUAACAAGUCAAAAUAUCCAAAAGUCUUAUGACCCUCACACAUGCGUAAAGAAUCAAUAUGCAUGCAAAAGGAAUGUUUUUCUUUGUGGUUGAAAAACUGAUUUUUAUUAUAGGCUACAGACAACACUCCCUAUAGGUUUAAAUUUCACCUCCUGGCAAUGUAUUUAUGAUUUAUACAGAAUGCCAAAAAGGCUUGUUAGUAGUUUGUGUGUGUGUGUGUGUGUGUGUGUGUGUGUGUGUGUGUGUGUGUGUGUGUGUGUGUUUGGGGCUGGUCUGACUGCAAAAAUGUGCAGCCCAGCCUGCACUGUAGUUAGUAAGUUAAUUGUACUCAGCAGACCCAGGCUCAAAGUCAAAGACUAGUUUUCCUCACUUUCCAAAGGACUUUGAGAGGCAGUUUCAUUGUGGUCUUGGGGGUAAUGAAGAGGUGUGGAGACAGGCGUAUUAUUUAUAUUAUAUUUCUGUUGGUGACUUUAACUUAGCUUGGUUUAUACUGACUUUAUAUUGAUUAUGUUUGCUACAUUUAGGGCUAUGAGGUAACAAAUUUGCUGUGCCCAAUGUGGAAAAAGACAAAGGGGUAGACAUAGGGCCUACCCUACUAAUGAAAUUUCUAGGUUUUGUUAAGUCACUGUCCAAACCACAGCCUGUUCAAAUUUAAAGAAGGCCUAUUUUAAUUUUCCAUGUAUUUACCGAGCUGCACCUGUCCGUCAAAGUCUGACUUUGGCUCCAUCGCUUCACCGUUUUUAACGGAGAAUGGCACCGCUCUGCUGGACCCCAGCACCGCUACAGCGAGCAGACUGUCGGAGUCCCGAGGCUGCUGCUACUAUGAGCAGUAUCCUCCUCCCUGGAAAUGGACCCUCUACCAGGCGAACAGGGGCAUCACCCAUCCGCCGCCAGCCUGCUUCAACUUGCCGGGUAAAGCUGCUUAUCGCCAGGGCUUACCAUCCCCGUCGGAGACGGUAUUAAAUACCAGUGAGGACUGCUUUCUGUAUGGCGCUGCGGUUUACGGCGCCUCUCGUCCCCGUCUUUACGCACGUGCGUUUGGCGGAGCUUCCUCUGCAGAGUUCAAUCCAGACUCACAACGUCUCUUCUCGGCAGAGCGGAACAUACUCCUGCCGCCGGCUUUCGACCAGUUUCUCGAAUUUGGAGAAGAGGGAGUGGACCCGAAAGCGGAGAUUACACAUGGGAGCCAACAGGAGAAUCGGGCCGAGUGGACGAGCUGUCAAAGCGGGGAGAGCGACGAGGUGAGGGCGGGGUCAGAGUCACCCCAGGCUGGGAAGGAGGACGAGGAGGAUGCGCCUUUCUCCAGCGGCAGUGGGGGAGACUAUGUCCCGACAGCACCCUGUGUGGGAAGGAAGAAGCGUUGUCCUUACACCAAACAGCAGAUCAGAGAGCUAGAGAGAGAGUUUCUAUUCAACAUUUACAUCAACAAGGAAAGACGCAUGCAGCUGUCCCGCCUUCUGCGCCUGACAGAUCGACAGGUGAAAAUCUGGUUCCAGAACAGACGAAUGAAAGAGAAGAAAAUGAAAGCAGAGAGACUGCAGUACUGCACAGGAUACUGCCUGUUCUGAUAGUCGGAUGAGGGACAAAGAAGACAAAAGACAGUCUAUCUUUCAAUGUCAUGCACAAACUGUGUGACAUCUCUGCCAAACUUUGUCACAGCACUGUAUGAUUCCAAUCAUGUAGACAGGAAUAGAGGUGAAAACAAACAAAUAAAUAAAUAAACCCAGCUCCUCACUGCUAUUCAAGGAGAACUCCAAGACUCAGGUUUCCAUCCAUGUUUUUUCUCAAUUAACACAACAGCUGCUUAUAUUGAAUAUUCUAUCUCUCAUCAAAAACACUUUCAGAGUACUCCUCUUUCCUCAUUUGAACCCAAAUUUCUUCUUAAAUCAUGUGGCUUACAUUGAAGAAAUUACACAUCUCUGCCUCAGGCCUUCGUGUCAUGUCCAAGAAAUGAGGACAUACAUUCUUCAUCCUUUUCAUGUGUGAGCGUGGUCAUGAGCGUUUUAAUUAUGAAUCCUCUUGUUGUUUAUGUGAAUUUUGUUAUAAUUGAUGUACCUGCUCAAAACUAAUAACUAAUGACAAAAUACUUGAUAAAAUGUAACCAUCUAUUUAGCAUAUGAAUAAAAUCAUUUUCAGGCAAGCGAAUACAAUCUACAUGAAUUAUUCUGAUAUUUGUGACAUUUAAAAUUGGGUACCAUUUUGCUACUGUGUUUUUAGGCUGUAAAGACAUAUGAGUGCAAUCAUAUUGCUUGGUUUACUUUGAUGUACUUUGAAAUAGCACGAAGUAAUUUGUGAUUAGUUAAAUGUGAAUAAAUAUUGAAUGACCCACCGUUAUCAAUGAAUCAAUACUGUAUGUUUGUGUCAAGUGUGAGGCCAUUUAUUGCAACAGUAUUAUUUGCAUUUCUAAAUAUUCAUGGAUU